CAUAGGUACCCGCAGUGUUAAAAUGAGAGGUGAAUUCCUGCUGCACUGAGCUUGGUAUUUUGAACGCGUGUAUUAUAUACACUGUAUUUUUUUUUUAAAACAUUAGCUCCUGUCAGUGCAGAACUUAGUGACGUGAUUCAGAUUGCUUCAAAUAGAACCGGGAGAUGGAUAAAUAUGAAGUUGUCAGAAUGAUUGGCGAAGGAGCUUUUGGAAAAGCUUUCCUAGUGAAAACCAAAGAGAACAAUGGUCAGUGUGUCAUAAAGGAGAUCAACUUCGCCAGGAUGCCUGUUAAAGAAAAGGAGGCUUCUCGCAAGGAAGUGACACUGCUGUCCAGGAUGAAACAUCCAAACGUGGUCACCUUUUUAAAUUCGUUUGAAGAGAAAAUGAAGCUAUACAUAGUAAUGGAGUACUGUGAUGGGGGUGAUCUAAUGAACAGGAUCAACAUGCAGAGAGGGCUCCUGUUUGCAGAGGCUCAGAUUUUAGAUUGGUUUGUGCAGAUCUGCAUGGGAUUGAAACAUAUCCACGACAGAAAAGUCUUGCAUAGAGAUAUCAAAGCUCAGAACAUAUUUAUUGCCAAUAAUGGCAUGACAGUAAAACUUGGAGAUUUUGGAAUUGCAAGAAUGUUAAACAACACAAUGGAGCUGGCACGCACGUGUGUUGGAACACCAUACUAUUUAUCUCCAGAGAUCUGUGAGAAUAAACCAUACAACAAUAAAACGGAUAUUUGGUCUCUGGGCUGUGUGCUGUAUGAACUCUGCACUCUGAAGCAUCCAUUCGAAGGCAGUAACCUACGCCAGUUGGUGGUGAAGAUCUGCAGGGGACACUUUGUACCGGUUGCUCCAAGAUAUUCCUACGAUCUGCGCAUUUUAGUGGCACAGCUGUUCAAAAUCAGCCCCCGGGAUCGCCCAUCUAUUAACUCUGUUCUGAAGAAACCCUUCUUGGAAAAGCUCAUAGCAAAGCAUUUAAGUCCUGAGCUGAUAAAAGAGGAAUUUAGUCACACUGUCCUGCACAGGAAGAAGCCCUCAGCACCAAAGCCUGUUGGACAUGUUUCAACACAAGGACAAGAAGCAAAGGUUCUGAAGUCCCGGGAACAUCGAUCAAAGGCAAGGACCCCAGAGAAGCAGCGCCCACAGCCGGAGUGGAAAUCCCCUGCCAGGAACUACCAACUAGAACACAAACUUGUGUACCCUAAACCAGUGUUAGUGGAAAGGCCUAUGCCCCGCCAGUUUGGCCAGUAUGGGCACUACCACGCACAGCUCGACCUCAUUCAUCAGAGGCUUCCUCCACAGAGCCCUCACUGUAACGAGAGAGCAGAGGAUUACCUACGAGACAGACUGCACAGUCCUCAGGCUCACCAGAGAAAAGAUGUCAUACACAACGAAUACCUGCAAAGAAGACAAGAAGCGAAUCAGUACAAAAUUAAAGUUGAAAAGCAGCUGGGGCUGCGUCCAUCUACAGGAGACGCUUAUCACCACUACAGGAGUCAAGUGCAGGAGCAGCGGGUAGAAUCUCCAGGAGAGGCCCAGAGACAGCAAACUAGAAAACCAGGCUCUGAAGAGGUGUACCUGAAACAGCUCAGAGAAAUACGUCAGCAGUAUCACAAUGAUAUAAAGGACAUUAAAGUCAAAGCAGGAGAGGUUCAGCACCCAGUGAAUGUUGAGACAUACAUAGUGAAACAAGGGAAACCAAGUGAGCUGCCUGUCAGAGUCCAAGUUGCACAAGAGAGAAAGGAACCAGUCCAGGACAAUGACGAACGUCUUAGGCAAAUCAUGUUUGAAAACCGACAAGAAAGAAAAGCACUAGAGAAAAAAUAUAAAGCAAAGAAAGGUGUAAUGUUUGAGGUUCCAUUGGAAGAAGACCCAAAGCAAGAGGAAGAGGAGAUUGAUUUAUUGAACCAAACCCUAACCUUUAAUGAUGGAGACAACCUAAAACAAAGAAACUGGAAGAAUGUCAGCAUACAGGGCAGUUUAGACAUUACAGCAGGUGACGAGGCAGCACCACACAAAGAGCCCUGCCGCACAGAUGAAAAUCUGGUGGAGAGAAGCAGCCCAGUAAACAGGAAACAGUGGAAUCAAGGACCCCCACAGACGCUGCUCAAUGCCAUUGCUGCCAUAGAAGUGACCUCAGUCUAUCCUAGUAUGACGGGGGAUGCGCUUGGACAUGCAGCUUCACUGGAUGAAGCCGCUGCAGAGAACAGGAAACAAUGGGGAGCAGUCCCACCUGCAACGCUGCUCAACGCAUUGGCAAACGCUGAGCUGGUCUCGGGCACACUUACCGACGACCAACGAGCAACCUUUAAACCGUGGAGCCCAAAAGAAGAUGACGAGGCGGCCUCCGAUAUAGACGUGGAUGAGGAGCGACUGGAGCCCAGAUCAGACGAUGAUGACACGAACUUUGAAGACUCGGAAGAUGAGCUGAAUAAGGAAGUUGCCGAGUCCAUGAAGAGCUUUAUGAGCCCUGCGGAGGGAGAAGAGCAAGAGGAGGAAACAAAGGAGGUCCAGCCAGCUGUUCCUGAAGAAGAAGAAAUGAAGGAGGUCCAGCCAGCUGUUCCUGAAGAAGAAGAAAUGAAGGAGGUCCCAGCAGCUGUUCCUGAAGAAGAGGAAACGAAGGAGGUCCCGCCAGCUGUUCCUGAAGAGGAGCAGAAGGCUUCAGCAGAAGGGGACAAGCUCACAGAAAAACAGAAACAGCCACAUUAAUGAUUCUGCACCUGAAAGUGGACUUGAGAGCAGAAAGUUACAGUACAGUAAUCGUACCAUAGUACUAAGUAAGGGAUAAACAAGUCAGUGUUCAACUGGUAAAAGUAAUUCACUGUUUACGUGUGCCGUUUACAAGGAUUAUUUUCUUACUGAUUCAACAUUGAGUUGUUUAUGCCACUUAAAACAGGUCUUGUUCGAUAAUGAGAUUCAAAUGAUUGUUCAUUUGGUAAUUGGAUUUGGAUUUUGUUCUUUUGUUUUGCUUCUGGUAAAAUGUUUGUCUCUUGCAUUGUGGGAAUGUUGUCAUGAGUUUUUAAGUUAGAAAUCCCACUUACACAGAAACAAUUGUCUAUUGUAAGUGAAGGUAGUAUAGUGAGGACUAGGAUUUAGAUGUAGAACAUGAAAUUGUCAUUCAAAAAAUAAAAAUGCAAAAAACAAAGCAAUGUAAACCAGAAAUGGAAAGUAAAGUUAUUGAUUGUUUGCCAAACCUAAAACAGAUGAAGACUUAAAUAUCAUUGCCAGCGAUCAUUUUUCAUACUCAGGCAAACUGUAAGGAGGGAUGUUUAUGUGGAAGUGAAUUUGUAAUUAUGAAAACUUUUUUUUUUUUUUAUGAAAUUCUAAACUGAAAUCGUAAGCCCUUUUCUAAGUGUUACGUUUGAAAUGUGUAAUACUAUAAUUAACUAAUUGUUGAAAUGACUGUUGCAUAAUUAAAUGGCGUUCGCUUUUCUGUUGAAUUGUUCUGACUGUGGUGGUUUCGUUGACAAAUCAAUAGUUUUCUAUGGAUUUGUAGCAAACUGUGGAUUUGUUAAUCAACAAUAUAUCUGCUGCACUCCCCUUCUCUUCAACGCCACACAGCCACUUUCAGUUAGAAGAUUCCUAGAAUGAAUCAAUUAAAAGUUCAAAGGGUGACAUCACAUAAAUCAUUUAAGUAGAUCUAUUACAGUACACCUUUAAGGCAAAAAAUGAAUUAGAUAUUAAAGAAAGUGAUUUGCACACAUGGUCUAAUUAGCAUGGCCGGUUAAGCUUAACUUGCAUUAGACAUUCUACAAAUCUUCAGGUAACUUACACAAGCAAACUAAGAAUAACAAUAACCUUAUUUUGGCAAUAACAUUUUAGAUUUACAAAAAUUGGAGUUCUGCUUACUUUUUUUCUUAACAGAAGCAUGUAUACUGGUGCUACCACCCAUGUAUGAAAAAAAAAAAAAAA